AUGCAGAUCUUUGCAGGGAAACUAUUUGACUCUUAUACUCUCGCAUUUCACGAGAACGUUGUGAUCGUGGUCUCUCCUGAAUCGGGGCUGAUCCUUGAUAUCCAUCCAUACACAUCUGCGGAGCUGGCCUUUGCGGAUUUUAGAGAUGCUCAGAGGUUUGUCGAUCUCAGACACGCAACUGUUCUUCCCGGAUUCGUUGAUGCGCACUCGGAAUACUUCACAGUGUUUCUACAUCCUUACUCUGAAGUGAGCUGGGAAGACCAGCUCACAAAGGAAAGCCUCGUUGAGCGUACAAUACGUGCCACCCUCCACGCGAAACGCACGUUAAUGGCAGGCUACACUGCCGUGCGAGACCUAGGAACGGAGGGUGCGGGGGAUGCGGAUAUUCACCUGCGCAAAUGCAUGUCAGGGCCGAAUUAUUUAAUCCCGGGACCACGAUACUUCUGCGCCAACCGAGCAAUUGUCACUACUGGUAGCUACGGUCCCAAGAGUAAGAUUCAUCUCAACCGAGAGGGAAUCGAGGGAAUUACCGGAGCAGAAGUGGCCGAUGGUGAAGUCGAGUGCGUCAAGGCCGUUCGCAGACAAUUCUUCAACCCAGACUACCGCUUCCGCUCUCGCAUGGAUGACGUAUCAACCGCUGUAUCAAACGCCCCAAUUCCGACUUUCGAUGCUCAAGAGCUGAAGGCUCUGGUGUCCACCGCGAACAAACUGGGCGUAAAGGUUGCGGCGCAUUCAGCCCACUGGCAAGCGAGGGGCAAGAAUGGUAUCUCAAGCGGACCGGGAGUUCAUUCAAUCGAGCAUGGAACCAACAUGGAAUUCGAAGACACCGAUAUAAACGACACGCAGCAUGCAGGAGGGAGCGACGGCGAUAGGGUCAACACGGUCUGGGUCCCGACGCUCGCCGCAUACUAUACUAUGAGCAAGGAAAAGGGCGAGGUAUGGGAGAGCGCAACGCGCGCGUUCAAGCGUGCGUUAGAGAAAGGUAUCGACAACAUCGCCUGCGGGGGUGACACGGGUGUCUUCCCGCACGGAGACAAUGCACUGGAAAUGAAGCUCAUGGUACGACUCGGAGCCGAUUGGCGGAAGGCCUUGCAGUGGGGCACGCUAGGCGGAUGGAGAUGCAUCCGCAGUAUGGCAUGGGAAGGUAAGGCAGGAGAGGAGCGGUUACGGAAAGUGAUGAACAUGCAAGAAGACGCGAGGGUAGUAGGAGACAACGAAGUCCCAUUCGGCGCCGUUAGACGGGGUUUCGCGGCGGACAUUAUCGCGACCAGCGGUGAUUUGGAAAACAACUUCGAGAACGCCAUUGACAAGUCUGCCAUUGAAUUUGUGAUGAAGGGAGGCAGGGUAUACAAACGGGAUGGGCGAGAGCUUGUGUAA